AUGGUCAUGGACGUGAGAGAAUCAAUAUCGCUGCAAAACCAGGUCUCUUUGAGCUUCGCCAGGCACGUGAUCUCCACCGUCUCUAAAGGCUCUAACGUCAUCUUCUCUCCUGCGUCCAUCAACGUCGUCCUCAGUGUGAUCGCUGCUGGAUCCACCGGCGCAACCAAGGACCAGAUCCUCUCUUUUCUCAACUUCUCUUCCAUCAACAGCUUCUCCUCCGAUAUUAUCUCUGCCGUUUUCGCCGACGGUAGCGCUAACGGUGGUCCUAAACUCUCGGCGGCUAAUGGCGUCUGGAUCGAUAAGUCUCUCUCCUUCAAACCUUCCUUCAAGCAGCUCUUAGAUGAUUCCUACAAAGCUGCUUCUACUCAAGCAGAUUUCCAGACCAAGGUGACUUUCCACUUUCUUUCUUCUACUCAAGCAGACUUGUGGUUGAUUUUACUGAUGAUAGCUUUUAUGUUUGAUGACUUGUGUUGCAAGUCUGUGGAAGUGAUUGCGGAGGUGAAUGCAUGGGCUGAGAGAGAGACGAAUGGUCUCAUCACUGAGGUGUUACCACAAGGAUCAGCUGAUUGUAUGACCAAACUGAUAUUCGCAAACGCGUUGUACUUCAAAGGCACAUGGGACGAGAAGUUCGACGAAUCGCUAACGACAGACGGCGACUUUCACCUUCUUGGCGGUGCUAAAGUGACUGCACCGUUCAUGACCAGCAAGAAGGAUCAGUACGUAAGCGCUUACGAUGGUUUCAAAGUAUUGAGGCUUCCUUACUCACAAGGAGAGGAUAAGAGACAGUUCUCAAUGUACUUUUAUCUUCCCGAUGCAAACAACGGAUUGUUUGGCUACUUUCUCAAAAAAUUUAGAAACAACAACGGAUUGUCUUAUCUUCUUGACAAGAUUGUUUCUACUGAUGGGUUCUUGGAGAGCCACAUUCCACGGAGACAAGUUAAAGUCAGAGAAUUCAAGAUUCCCAAGUUUAAAUUCUCUUUCGGGUUCGAAGCUUCGGAUGUUUUGAAAGGAUUUGGGCUGACUUCGCCGUUCGACGGACUGACUGAGAUGGUGGAAUCGCCGGAGAUGGGGAAGAAGCUAAGCGUGUCGAGCAUUUUCCAUAAAGCUUGUAUCGAAGUGAAUGAAGAAGGAACAGAAGCUGCUGCUGCAUCAGCUGGAGUUACGACGUUAAUGUAUGCGCCUAGGAAGGAAAAGAUUAUUGAUUUUGUUGCGGACCAUCCGUUUCUGUUGGUUGUUAAAGAGAACACAACAGGAUUGGUUCUGUUCGUUGGUCAAGUUGUUGAUCCUUUGCACUAA